GGAAGGGAACAGUCGUGUUGUGAUAGUGAUACAAGUACAUAGAUUAUUUAUUAAUUAAGUGGGUAUUCAAUAAUUAUAUGUUUCGUUAUUGCAUUAUAAGGACCAUUUGCUGCGUUUAAAAACAAGGUGAAUAAAAUGACAACAUGGAUUGUAAGGUCCUCAAAUCAACGUUACUUCUGCUCGUUAUAACGCAGACGACGGGACAAUUCUUUGAUUUCUUCUCAGCGCUCCAACCUGUGAUCCAACAUCCAAUACAAGGCAGAUAUGACGUCACAACGAAACGAAUCCGAACACAGACAGAACCAAAACGCAAUCAUUCCAUCUCACACAACCCAGUCGAAACAGAAAGAGACAGACGAACGCACACACAAACUAGUCAUGCAAAAACUAGACCUAAGACAACAGUACACAAUAACUACAGUACGCAAAAGCCAAAACGAAAGAACACAGUGAAACCUAGUCCAGAUGCUAUUUACUUCAAUAGUGAUAGAAAUAUAAAUAGAUACACAGAAUAUACAACACGCAAUCCGUUCGUAAAUGGUGUAAGACCAGCCAUAGUAAAUGGUCCACCUAUAACGAAUAGGCCGCCAACACACGCGCCGCAGUUUGUCGAAAAUGCUAGCCCGGAAUUGAUAAUUGGACCAGACGAAGACUAUAUGAGUGAUACAGAGAAACUGAGAUAUUUAGAAGUGGCUGAACGAAUGUGCGAAAAAUACAAAUCGCUAGAUGUGAAGCAACUACAAGCUAUACCGUUGGUACCAUCACCACGGCCUGUGAGAGUCAACGUAUCUUCGUGCGUUCCUUCUGAGGUACCGUUGGUAGUUGGAGGUAAGGUGGUCAGCGUGAAGGAGUUCCCUCACAUGGCACUUCUAGGCUGGCCGAAGAGUAUAUCUGGUGGUUAUUCCUGGAAGUGUGGAGGCAGUCUGCUUAGCGACAGAUAUGUUCUGACAGCAGCCCACUGUGCAUAUCAAGAUAAGGAUAAUACGGUUGCUACAGGUCCACCCCGUGCUGUACAAUUAGGGUCUUCGUAUCUAAACGACCCUGGGGCGUUAGUGAUCAAAGUGGCGUCUGUAACUAGACACCCUAAGUAUAAGUUGCCGAAGUCUUACUUUGAUUUGGCUUUGGUCAAGUUGGAGAAGUCUGUGACAUUUUCCGAAGUGAUCAGACCGGCUUGUCUGGGCAGACCGCCGCCACCAGGCAAGCCCAUAAUUGCGACUGGAUGGGGUAGAACUGAGUUCCGAGGAGAGCAAUCGUUCGAACUGCGCAGUGUAUCGAUCCCAGUGUGGGAGAUGUCGGAGUGCCGGCGCGUGCUGGGCGCGUCCCGCAAGCUGCCCGACGGGCCGCGCGCCGACACGCACAUAUGUGCGGCCGAGCUGCGGGGCGGGAAGGAUACCUGUCAGGGUGACUCAGGCGGUCCAGCACAAAUCCAAGAUGGCUGCGUUUGGCGCGUAGUUGCUGUGACGUCACUCGGUAGAUCUUGCGGAGCUCCGAACACACCAGCAUUAUAUGCCAAAGUAUAUCCCGUGUUCAUCGCGUCUGUAGUAUUCAACGGACAGACAGACAAACGAGAAUUUAACAUAAACCAGAAUCAGAAUCAAGAUUCUGGAAGUUAUAAUCGACGCGAAACAACUACAGUGAGAUAUCAAGAGAAUUAUAAUAGUUAUAAUCAAAAUGAUUAUAAUGAUCAGAAUCGUGGACAAGUUUCUACAACGACAAGCAACUACGGCAAUUACAAUAUUCAGAAUAAUAGAAAUAAUGAACAAUAUACUAAUAACAAUAAUCGAGGACAGAAUAUUAUUACGACUACUGUAAAUCCAAGUAGCAAUCAUCGAGAGAAUAAUUACAAUAAUCAGAAUCAGAAUCAAUACGAUUCUGGAUUUUAUAACGCAGAAAAUGAUAAAAAGAGUGAGAAUAGUGACAGUGGACAAUAUAGACCACAAAGACAGGAAACAAAUAAGCCAGAUUAUAAUAAUUAUAAUACAGAUACCAAUAAUAGAUAUCCCAACGAUUAUAAUAAAGAAUAUUACAGCAACGGUUAUUAUAAUCAGAAUCAGAAUCAGAAUCAGAAUCAGAAUCAGAAUAAUUAUAACUAUUAUACUACUGAGGGUUAUAAUUAUGAAAAAAGACCGUAUGAUGAUCAUAAUGCAAAUGUGGAUGAUGGCAGGAUUUGGUGGACAUAGUUGGCAGUCUUAGACUUAUAAUUAACUAGCUGUGCCCCGCGGUUUUACCCGCAUGUCUCCGCUCCUGUUGGUCUUAGCGUGAUGAUAUAAAGCCUAUAGCCUUCCUCGAUAAAUGGGCUAUGUAACACUGAAAGAAUUUUUCAAAUCGGACCAGUAGUUCCUGAGAUUAGCGCGUCCAAACAAACUCUUCAGCUUUAUAAUAUUAGUAUAGAUUAGCAGUAUUAUUGACAGUGUGGAAAAAUGACAGAGC